AACACGGAAACUACCGUCUGUCGAGCCAACUCCGCUCUGCAGCUUAGGUCCAAAGUACCAUCCGUUCCGUCUAGCUCAUUUAUCCUCUACAAAUGCUUGCAAGAAGAGCGUCGGCCUUCGCGCGUAGCUUCGCCACUGUCGUCGACAAUGCCGGGGUUAAGGUGGCAGCCGUCGAUAAUGGCCAGCCCACCGCCGCUGUCACGUUCCUCGUUAAGGCGGGCAGCCGAUACGAGCCCAAGCCUGGAGUUGCGCAUGCGCUGAAAAACUUUGCUUUCAAGAGCACAGCCAAAAGGUCGGCACUGGGCACGGUCAGAGAAAGCGAGUUGUACGGCGGUAUUCUUUCUGCAAGUCUGUCCCGCGAAUAUUUGGCACUCACUUCCGAGUUCUUGCGUGGUGAUGAGCCAUUCUUUGUCGACCUCAUCUCUUCCUUCCUGACGUCGGGCAAGUUCCAGCGGCACGAGUUCCAGGAGUACGUUCUCCCUGUAGUCGAGGCAGAGAGCACUGCUGCCUCGCAAAACCCCGCAACACGCGCACUUGAACUCGCACAUGCGCUCGCUUUCCGUUCUGGUCUCGGUUCCUCCCUCUUCGCGUCCCCACACAGUCAUGUCUCCAUCGACGACGUAAAGGAAUUCGCUGCUCGUGCAUUCAGCAAGGGCAACAUUGCUGUUUUGGGUACCGGCGUCGAUUCAGCUGUGCUUACGAAGCUGGUGGAGAAAGCACUUGCAGGCGUAUCCGUGGGCAACACGGCUGUGGAGAGUAAACCAUCGACAUACUUUGGUGGUGAGACACGAGUGGAGUCGCAUGGCGGUCCUGAAACCGUGUUCAUUGGCUUUGGUACUGCCGGCCCUGCGGACCCCGCACUUGCUAUCCUUGCCGCCCACCUUUCGCCUCAGCCAUCCGUCAAGUGGUCGCAGGGCCUCUCGCCUAUCUCUGCUGCCCUUCCUCAGGGGACGUCCGUGCAGUCCAUUCUCAUGCCAUAUUCAGAUGCAACGCUUUUCGGUCUGCUUGUUCAGGGCUCGAGCGCUGAAGGCGUGAAAGAGGCAGCCAAGGUCGCCACCAAGGCACUGAAGGAGUCGACGGGCCUUAAGGGUGACGCACUCAAAUCUGCUGUGGCUAAAGCCAAGUUCGCUGCUGCUAGCUCUCUAGACGGUCGUGAUGGGAUCUUGAGCACUCUCAGCACCAAGGUCUUUGCGAGCUCGGACGCUUCGAUUGACGCAACGCUAGCGUCAAUAGACAAGGUUGAUGCUGCUGCAUUCUCGAAGUCUGUCGCUGCAAUCACGAAAGCCAAGCCCACAUUUGUUGCUAUCGGGAGCGUGCAGGCAUUACCGUACCCAGAUGAAGUUGGCCUUUGAACUAGAUGAUACUAUUGAUAGAUCGCUUUGCAGUAUAUGCUAGCGAAAAAAUAUUGUUUUACUUUUUCGCAUUUGGAUCUGAUGGAUUGAUGUCUGGUUAGCUUCUAAGGUACCGGUUUGCCGCGAAAGCUUCCAGACUGGGGCACUAGACAGAAGCUCGAGACCUUGAACAAGUAGAACUACGUAUAUCAACGUGGCUUGUUUAUAAUACUAACGGCUCUUGGUUCA